AUGAGAAUGACAAAGCUUGGAAAGUUUACAAAGUUCUCGAAAUUUUUCGAGGAAACAAUUUGGUUUUUUUCUACCGCCUUAACUGUAGAUGAAAUGAUGGUAAAGUUUCACGGUCGUACAAAUUUACAACAGUUCAUGAAAAAUAAACCUGAACGAUGGGGAAUCAAAAAAUGGGAAAUAGCUAGUGCUGAAGGAUAUUUGUUUGACUGUGACAUAUAUUGUGGUAAGGGAUCAAACAUUUAUUCUUCCAAGAAAAAACCUGUACUCACAAAGUGUUCUUUAGGAAGCCGCGUAGUUCUUUCGAUGACUCAAGACUUACUAUUAUCAAUUGUACCUGGAAAAUUGGAUCGAUACCACUUAUAUUUUGAUAACUUUUUCACUAAUCCUGAUUUAUUAAUUCAUUUGAAAACACGUGCAUUGAAGGCUACGGGUACAGUACGAGUGAAUAGAGUUAAUGCAGUAAAUAAUCUAGAUAAAAACGCCGAAAGAGGUGCUCAUAUUGUACAGUACGAAAAAAAUAGUGGACUAAAUUUCAUUACUGCCAUGGAUUCUAAAGCUGUAUCUGUGCUUUCAACGGCAGCAGGAGUUACUCCUUUAUCUGAUAUGGAUAGAUUUUCAUUUGAUGAAAUGAAAGAUAUUGCAGUACCAUUUCCACACGCAUUUAAAAUGUACAACACGUUCAUGGGUGGAGUUGAUUCACAUGAUUCGCACUGUAGCAAUUUGAUGCCAUGCAUAAGAGCAAAACGAUGGACGUGGCCCAUCUUUAUAAGACUCAUUCAAUCUUCAAUGGCAAAUGCAACUGUCCUUCGAAAUUACGUGCAUGAAACAAGAGGUUCCAAAGAACUCGCUAUGAAAAUUGCCGAGCAUUAUCUUUUGAAAGCAACAGUUAGACAAAAACACAAUGAAGGGAUUGCUGAUUUGAAAAGAAAUUGUGAGAACUACAGCAAAUGUUCUGUAAGAACACAAAAAAUAUGUAAGGACUGCAAUGUUCAUGUAUGUUCUGCAUGUUUUAAAAUUUUGCAUCAAUAA